AUGUCUCAGGCCGAUUCUUUUUGGGCAAUAACUCUAUCGCUCCUAGCUGCAAUAAUUGGUGCCCUGUUUUAUAGCUGCGGUUCAGAAUUUACUGUCUGCUCCACUGAUCACUCAUGUACCUCGCAAUCGCCUUAUUACCCAAGCUGGAAUACAUGGUUCCAUCCUUCAAGCUCGCAAAAUUCCAAGAACGCAUUUGCACAAAAAGAAUGGGAUCUUCUCUAUCACUUAGGUGGAUACAGACCAUGGAUUGAGAAAAUUGACGGACAUCCCGAGCUGCAGGGACUUGAUCCCCCUGAGGGAUGCUCUAUUGACCAAGUUCAUAUGAUGUCACGCCAUAUCGCGCUGCUUGAUCGGAUCCAAAACGCAAAUGUCGUCAUGAACGGCUCGCUAUCGUUCUUGAACAACUGGACCUAUUUUACCGAUCAACCGUCGAAAGACUUUGACCAACUCACCAGAACCGGUCCCUAUGCAGGCACCUUGGAGGCUUUCAUGACGGGUGUUCGUUUUCUAACACGAUAUAUGCACCUGCUGCAGCCUGGUCAACGGACACGAAUCUGGGCCAGUGAUUCUGAGCGUGUCAUUGAUACAGCAAAAUACUUUGCCUCAGGCUUCUUCGGCCAGAAUUGGGAAAAGGAUGGAAAAGCUGUCGUGGAAGUCAUCCCAGAGACUUUGGAGCGAGCCCUACCUGCUCUCAAGGCAAACGGGCUUAUUAUCUAA